AUGACUUAUUUCCAUGACAUAAUUUGAUAUUGAUGUUCCUUAUUUUAACAGUUCUACUGACUCUAGGAAACUCUUUCUCUAUUAGUGUUACAUGGAAGGUAUGAACAUUUUCCUCACGAUCGUUUUCGAUGUGAGGAUAUAGCCUUGCCCUUAUCGUUUCGUUUAUUAUUUGACUGGAAGAGUGCUGAACAACGAGAUACAGUGAAUCCUCAUAUUUCUUUGCAUGUAGUUACUGCUGCUGUGUGAGGUGGCAGCAUCUGACCUGAUUUGAUUACCCGGCCAUUUAAAGAUUGGAAGAAAGGAGAAAAGUAAGCUAAGCUAAGACAGCUAGCUUCUCCGUAAAGCUGUGGGCUAGGACAGCUUCGUUUCUAACAGGCGACAAUCGCUGAAUCCCCUUGGAUUCCUGUGCACACUGGUGGCCUGGAGGAGAACGUCCAGUCCUUCAUCAUGGCCGAACAGAACAGCGGAUAUCAGCAGUUACAGAAUGAAGAAGACCCAGAGGAGACUCCACAGACAACAAAUGAUGCCCCACCCCCUUACAGUAGUAUUGCAGGUGAUAGUGCAGCGUACUUUGACUAUAAGGAGGAAAGUGGAUUUCCAAAACCCCCUUCUUACAGUGUGGCAACAUCCCUGCCUUCGUACGAUGAAGCUGAGAGGACCAAGGUGGAAGCUACUAUACCUUUAGUCUCUGGAAGGGAUGAUGAUUUUGUUGCACGGGAUGAUUUUGACGAUGCUGACCAGCUACGAAUAGGAAAUGAUGGCAUAUUUAUGUUGACCUUCUUCAUGGCAUUCCUGUUUAACUGGAUUGGAUUUUUCCUGUCAUUCUGUCUUACGACAUCUGCAGCUGGUCGAUAUGGAGCGAUCUCUGGGUUUGGCCUGUCACUCAUUAAGUGGAUCCUUAUUGUCAGAUUUUCCACAUACUUUCCUGGUUACUUUGACGGACAGUAUUGGUUGUGGUGGGUUUUCCUGGUGCUUGGAUUCCUUCUAUUCCUCCGAGGCUUUAUCAAUUAUGCAAAAGUACGAAAGAUGCCUGACACGAUUUCUACUCUUCCAAGGACCAGAGUCCUUUUCAUUUACUAAAGGUUUUUUUGCUUGGGAAAUGCUUUCCUGCUCUGAUGAACUAUCACCAAGUUGCAGCAAGGCACCUGCAGGAUGUGAUUCCAGGUUUAGAACGUGAAAGAAAAUGAAAAUUACAUGUCAGAAAGAAUUGAAUACUGUUUUAAGAACAUUUCUUUAUAUUUGUUUCUAGGUGUAAAAUUUUAAUAGUGAAUGCAGAAUUCUGCAAUUAUUCAGUCAUUAGUUGCUAAUGUUUUGAAGUGCUCUCGCAAUCAAGUCUGUGAUGUACUAAUAAUGCCUUAUAUUUCUUCAUAGUCAUUCACCUAGCAUGAACUGUGCCCCAUCUUCCAGUAGAGGGCAGUAUUACAUUACUAUUGGGAAUAUUCUUUCUUCAUAAUAUUGACUAUCUAUUUGGAGGGAAAUAAUGUAGAACAAGUAAUGCUGGCCUUUUCCACGGGGGUGGGGGGAUGUCCUUCCAAAAGUUAUUAAAUUAGCAGAGGUAUAUUUUUCUUUUGUGUAAAGAAAGAGCCAUUCCGUGUUGGUGUUUAAUACUGUUGUUAGAAGCACACAGAACUUGAAGUAGGUUGAUGCAUCUAGCUGAGAAUUGUAAUGUUCUAAAAAUAUUGAUAGUUUGUGCCUAAUUUGAACAAGGCUCUAGUAUUGUCGUAAAUAGAAAGAAGCAAGUAUUAAUAGUAGCCAGUUAAGUAAACUAGGUUAAAAUAACAUGGGUGUGAACAUGUAUAGGCUGUGAAAAGAGAUUAUGAUUGAUAAAUGAGAUGAAACUUGUCUUUUGAUUCCCUUUCCCCCCAAAAAGAACGAUCUGUUGUAGAGUAACUGUUAUUGGAAGAACAUAUGUAUUUAUUGAGACUUUUCCUUGAUUUCCUUAUCAGCAGCUGACAUCAGUUGCAGCAAGGCACCUGCAGGAUGUGAUUCCAGGUUUAGAACGUGAAAGAAAAUGAAAAUUACAUGUCAGAAAGAAUUGAAUACUGUUUUAAGAACAGUCUCUGUUGUCAGUAAACACUGUAGAUGUUGAACAUUACUUAGUAUGUUCUACACCUUGUACACACACGCACAUAUAUGUAUAUGCGUAUAUUUUUAAAAUUACAUCCCUAACCAAAGAAGGAAGAGGGGUCAAACGGGAAAUUGUAUUUGGCUAUUAAAAAUAAGUAGACCUUUGAAACAGACCCUUCAAAAACCUUGUACUGUUUGCUUUUAAUGACUUGUGUUAACAGAUGUUUGAUGCUUUGUAUGAGUUAACUGGUAUGCACCACGGUGCUUUCUGCCAAGCUGUAAUGCGCCUUUAAAUUUUAUUAUAUUAAUAUUUCAGACUGUAAAUAAAACAGAACAUCUAAUAAAUGUUACUUAAGUAGAA